GUUCUUUUUUUGCAGGAUCGUUGUUAUUCGGUGUGUUCUUGUGUUUUGAAUCUCGAAAAUAAUUUGUUCUUCUUGUCACCUUCGGAAAAAUGCCGGGAGAAAUGGAAGCCGCUCCCCCGUCUGCGGGGCGAUCUGAAGCUGAUGAGCUGCAGCUCAAAGCGUCUCAGGUCACUGAUGAAAGCAAGGAGGCUGGCAUCAGGACAUUGGUUGCACUUGAUGAUCAAGGGGAACAAUUGGAAAGAAUUGAGCAAGGGAUGCAUCAGAUCAAUGCAGACAUGAGAGAAGCAGAAGAAAAUCUUGCUGGAAUGGAGAAGUGCUGUGGUCUCUGCGUCUUACCGUGGCAGAGGAGUGCGAAUUUCAAGGAAAAUGAAGGCACCUGGAAGAACCAAGAAGAUGGAAAAAUGGUCAGCAACCAACCCAUGCGAGUAACCGAUGAGCGCAAUGGCGCCAUGGUGAAUUCCGGAUAUAUUGGCAGGGUUACAAAGGAUGCACGCGAAGAUGAAAUGGAGGAAAACAUGCAGCAGGUGUCCGGCAUGCUUUCAAACCUUCGAAAUAUGGCAAUGGAUAUGAAUUCUGAGAUCGAUAAUCAGAACAACCAAAUCUCUCGCAUCACAAAUGAGGGUGAUUCGAAUUACACUCGCAUUCGCAUUGCUAAUGAGCGUGCUGACAAACUGAUGAAAUAAGCUGGAACCUGUGAGGUACAGAAGAGAUGCUGAGGGAGCAUUCCUUUUUUCCUCUGUGAAAACGCCUUGGUUUUGUCUUCCUAAGGUCGUUUAUUGGUGCUUCUUCCGUUCGAUUUUUUUUCUUCUUUGCCGUGUGAAUCCCUUGUCUUGCUUCAUUAUCGUUUGAUAUUCCAAUAUUUAGGUUUCCGCUUCCCAGUUUUCGUGAGCUUGAUUUUAUGCAGCCUCAAUUACUCAUAAAGGUACGAAAUGAUGCAACUUGUCUUUCCAGCCUUACAUUGGAAAUGUUUUAAAGAGGUAUUCUACGAGCCUGCACUGUGGGAGUGCUUUCAGGGGGAUACACGCACGAGCAUGCUAAUUUUGAUCCAGGUGCUUAUUACCCGCACAUGUUGAAGUCUUUAUUUUCCCUCUGCAUUCGGUGUACAAGACGUAUCGGUCCUAUCCGGGAUGAUGUACAAAAAUAGCUAAUCAGCGCUUUUGAAAUUGUAUCGUGCAUUAUAUCGCGCACCGUCUUUUCAAGCACAGUACUGUACCGAACGACAAAUUUCAGCUGACUCUUCUCUGGCUUCACGGCUUGUGCGAGUUCUUCGUGGAUACGAAGUACUAUGCGAAAAAUUUUAUCUCAGUAAACAAUGCAAUUUUGAUCAUCGUCAAAGUUUUAUUUCUCUGGGACGUUGAUGUUGAGUGUGGGUUCAAGCCGUGAUGCCGGGAAGAAUCUUACUACAGCAGAAUUUCGUUACAACAAAUAAUGCUUGCAACGAAUUUGCUUUUCUGGUGCCUGUUCAAUAGCCGCAAUGUUAUUUUUAUUUCGUUGUAACGACUUUUGGUUCACAAUAACUUUUUUCAAGGUCCUUAACCCCCCUUUGUAACGGAAUUCUGCUGUAUUUCAAUGGCAUACUAUGAAUACGGUUAGGAGGAACAUUCCUUCAUUAGCAUGGUAGAAAUGUUGAACGAAUCGAGUCAAUAUUUUCCGCAAGUGAUGAGAACUUCUGGUAAUUCUUACGGCAUGUGAUUCUGUAAUCAAGCGCGAUUGUUGAGAGAAAGAAUUCGAUCCGCAAUGCAAGUCCAGAUUUUUUUUUUUAUGUCGCAUCGAUAAUUUCUGGACUGUUCCAACUGUAGCAUCCGAAAGUGUGAUUAUGACUGCGUUUUAUUUAUUCUGCGCUGAAGUAGAAUCUCGAAUGUUUACUUUUCCUUGUAAACCUUCAGCAAUUAUCGCGGGAGUGUUUGCCAAGCACGUGCAUGAAUUAUUCAAGAUUCGCAUCUUGUGUUUGUGGACUGUAAUCCAAUCUAACUCUUAGAAUUUUUAAUUAUCAGUAAUCGAAAUUUCCUCAUUUCCACUUCAUUUUUUUUCUUUGUUGUACUGAAGACCGAAUGCAGAAUAUUAGCUUGUGACUGGGCAAACUGUGCUUGCGAAGUGCUUGUGGUUGACGUCGGGGUCUUAUUGCCCGCCAAAGAGUUAUUGGCUCAAAUGGUUACGAUAUGUUAGAGUUCUUAGUGAGAUUUGCGAGUUACUUUUUAAUCUGCACUAUUAUUUUUGUGAUCAAGUUUUCGGGAGAUUGAGCGGAGUGAGUGUUGUUUCCUAGUCGAAGUCCACCUUCAGCUGAAUGUGACAUCUCUGCAAUAAACUGGCGGAUGUCAGGAAAGUUACGAAAUUUUGAACAUUCCCGGUUGCGAACUGUAUCUUGAGUUCUGUGAUAGAUCAGUUCAAGCGUCUCUCGUAUCUAUUGUAACCUAUCAAAAAUAUCGACAGAAGACCAGCAUUAAGUCGGAAUGGAAUGCUGCUGAUGAUGAAAUGGAAAAAAAGUUUUUGAUAUGAGGUUUUGUAUGGAUGCCCUUGGGAGGGAAAAAUUGACUAUCUAUGCCAUCGAGAUGAAUCCCAUUUUGAAGCUUUUCAUGCCAUUGAAUCUAGUCCGUUGAUUCCCUGGAAUAGUUGCCGGGAUGACGUUCAUCAUUCGAGAAUAUUGCAUGAUCUUGGUUACCCUGCCGUGAUCUUAUAUGUGAGUGAAGUUGGUUGCCUUUUGAUGCUGUAGUCAAACUCGUUGGUUUGCAUAAUUGGCUGAUCUUACGUUGAAGCUUUAUAUCUAGUCCUUAUUGUGGUCUUGUUUUUGAGUGGAGUGUUGAAGUGCAAAGGCUCGUUUGUGGUCAUUUGAUCUCACUAUUACGUUUUCUUGUCUGAAAACUUUUUUUAUCUCUUCGUAUCGCAUGUUCAUCACAGCUGCAGGAAUAGGUGUUCUUCGUCCGUUUUGAAUUGCGUUUUGUUCGCGAUGAAUCACGACGAAUACCUUCGCUGAUUGAUUUCUUGAGCUCUUCUUCCAUUGGCAAGGGCAGGGUGUAGAUCAUGGUUUUGAUCAAUUCGGGUUUCGAUGAUUAUUGGGAUUUUAAGUAGUGUCGCAUUUAUGAAGUACGUACGAAAAUAGCAAGCGACUUCUUCAUGCAAUGAAA